AUGGUUCACUGGAGAAGAAUUCAGCUGCUUCUUUUCUUCUGGAUAUGUUCUUCUUCUUGUUCUUCUUCUUCUGCUUUUGUUCAAGAAAACUUUAUUGAAUGCUUUAAUUCCACAACUUAUUCAAAGCAUUCAUUACCUGUUUCGGAAGUGGUUUUCUCAAAUGAAAGUGCUUCUUUCUCCUCUUUGCUAAAGCAUUCCAUUAGAAACCUUAGAUUUCUCUCCACUUCUUCCCCUAAACCUCUUUUCUUGGUGACCCCUUUUCAUGAAUCCCAUGUUCAAGCUGCCAUUGUUUGUGCUAAGGAGAACGACUUGCAAGUUCGAGUACUAAGUGGAGGGCAUGACUACGAAGGUCUCUCAUACCUAUCAUCAUCACAAGCUCCAUUCAUUGUAAUCGAUCUCAUCAACCUUCGCUCAAUCGAUAUCAACAUCGAAACCGAGACUGCAUCAGUGGAGACCGGCGCCACACUCGGCGAAUUAUACUAUAGAAUCGCAAAGAAAAGUCCCAUCCAUGGCUUUCCAGCAGGGAGCUGCCCCACCGUGGGGGUGGGAGGGCAUAUAAGUGGAGGAGGCUUUGGAACCCUUUUCAGAAAAUAUGGUCUUGCAGCUGAUAACGUAAUUGAUGCCAAAAUUGUGGACUUCAAUGGAAGAAUUAUGGAUAGAAACACCAUGGAAGAAGAUCUCUUUUGGGCCAUUAGAGGAGGUGGAGGAGCAAGCUUUGGAGUCAUUUUAUCAUGGAAACUCAAACUAGUUUCUCUUCCUUCAAUUGUUACAACUUUCAAUGUUCAAAGAACCCUAAACCAAGGAGGUACUCACCUUUUCCUUAAGUGGCAAGAAAUUGCUCACAAACUUAAUCAAGAUCUCUUCCUUCAUGUGACCACAAAAGUUAUAGACCAAAAAAUGACCAAAACAACAUCAAAAACACUCAGCCUUUCAUUCACAUCCUUAUUUCUUGGUUCAAUUGAUACCCUCAUCCCAUUAAUGGAUACCCAUUUUCCAGAGCUUGGAUUAAAGAGAUAUCAAUGCACUGAAAUGAAUUGGAUUCAAUCAGUUCUUUUCUUUGCUGAUUUCUCCACAAAAUCCCCACUUGAAAUUUUGAUGCAAAGAUUACCUUCAAUAAGAUCUUCUUUCAUAGCAAAAUCUGAUUAUGUUACUUCACCAAUUUCACAAAGUGGGUUAGAAGGGCUUUGGGCUAAGCUUCUAGAGAAUGAUAAUUCUGAGUUGAUUUUCACACCUUAUGGGGGAAAAAUGAGCCAAAUUUCUGAAUUAGAAACCCCUUUUCCACAUAGAAAAGGGAGCAUUUUUGGAGUCCAAUAUUUGGCAACAUGGGAUGAUAGUAAUGAAAAUGAGAGGCACUUAAGAUGGAUAAGGGAGGUUUAUUCUUAUAUGGAGCCCUAUGUUUCAAUGGCUCCAAGAGGAACUUAUUUGAAUUAUAGAGAUCUUGAUUUGGGAAGAAACUAUGGUAGAAAUACGAGCUAUGAGGAGGCAAAAGUGUGGGGAUUGAAGUAUUUCAAAGGUAAUUUUGAGAGAUUGGUGAAGGUGAAGACCAAAUUUGAUCCUUUAAACUUCUUUUGGAAUGAACAAAGCAUUCCUCUUUUGUAUAAUUGUGAAGAUGAGGCAAGAAUUUGUGAGGUUUACUCAGAUUUAGACUCUGCAAAUGUUCAAGAAAGAUGA